AUGAUAGAAAACUCCGAUAAUGUUUCACAACAACUCGAUGUUGAAGAACAGACGGAACUCAUGUAUAAAGAUGAUACCAUAUGGACUGCUGUCUUCAAUGCUGACAAAAAUGCAAUUGAAGGUUUGAUUAAUAAUGAUCCAAAUGUUAUCAAUAUGAGAGGUGCUGUUGGUGAAUGUCCAAUCCAUAUGCUUUUUCUAUAUGGAUCAGAUGCACAUCUGGAAAUAGCUCAAGAUCUUAUUUUACGAUAUCCAACAAUCGUUACACAAAUUUAUAAUAAACCUGUGUACUAUGGUGAAAAUAUUCUUCAUAUUUCCAUUGUUAAACGUAAUCCAGCUAUGGUCGAAUGGUUACUUGGUAAUGAACAAUUAGAACAUUAUCGAGAACGAUUAUUGUCAGCUACGGCUACGGGCGAUUUCUUUAAAAUAGGACAACCAUCUUAUUAUGGUGAAAGUCCACUUGGAUUUGCUUGUUGCACUAAUCAAUGGGACAUUGUUGAAAUUUUACUCAAAUAUGGUGCCGGUAUGAAUACGACAGAUAGCAACGGUAAUACAAUUCUACAUAUGCUUGUUAUAUGCAGUUUACCUGAAAUUUAUGCUAAAUUCAAAGCACGUUGGAUUGAAAAACAAACACCUACUGGCAUUACUGAUACUGUUAAUAAUCAAUUGUAUACAUUAAAAACAAUAAGAAUAGAGAAAUUAUGGAAUCGUUUGAAUAAUGAUAAUUUAACGCCAUUGACAUUAGCAGCUGAUUUAAGUCGAGGGAAAAUGUUAUCAUGGUUACUUUCUGAACGUAAAAUAGUACAAUGGUCUUAUGGAGAUGUUUCAUGUAUAUUACAUCCACUCGAUCAACUUGAUUUAGAUUUUCAAAAAAAUGAUAAACAAAAUCCACUUUGUGUACUUGAAGUAAUCAUUAAAAACAAUGAUACAGAAUUAAUACAUCCUAUUCUUACAUCUUUAAUUGAUCAGAAAUGGAAACAUUUUGUUUAUCGAAGUUUUAGUCAACGAUUUAUUUUCACAUUUAUGUAUUUACUUACUUUUCUUGUGACAACAAUUUUAGAACAAUCACGAAUAGAAACGUCAGAAGAUCCUAGUGAUGAAAUCAAUACGAAAAAUUUUAAUCGUUCUCGUUAUAUGCUUUGUUCAAUUGGUCAUACUAUUGUAAUAGCCGGUGCUGUAUUGAAAGGUGGACGUGAAAUAAAAGAAAUGUCUACUAUGGGUAUGAACAAUUAUUUAAAAACUACAGCAAGUGGACUUUGUUUUUUUUAA